UUUGGAGAUCUCAGUUCUUCUGUUCAUGGCUUUUUAUUCACUGUGACUAAUAAGCUUCCUAAUAAAUCCUUGCCAGACUUAAUGUUUGUAUAUUCUUUUGAGUUCUUGGUAGUACUUAUGAAACCUUUACUGAGAACUGUAUGAAACUUUGAAAUCUGUUGUUGUUGUUUUGGACUAGGUAGAUGAUAAGUGCCACAAUUAAAUCGACAGUAGAUCAGUAUCUCCAGGAAAGGUCAGGUUUAAUUCUGUACAGUAGGCUAAAAAUGCUCCUAUACCCACCCACCCACAUUUUGUAAAGAAGAAGGUGAGGUUAAAAACCUUAUAUUCCAUUUCUCAGGUAAGGAAGUAAGUUGUGAGGUGAUGUUUACAAAAACAAGGGAGAACAGAUUCUGGAGCUCCUCAGAAGAAAUGAUGGUGAGGAAAGUGAAGUGAGCAGCACGUAAGGUCUGAAGGUAGACCCAAGAAUUUGGACUUAAGUUUUUGAAAGUCAGUACGGCAAUUGGACAGAAUUUAAGUAUCCUAAAAGAGGGGAUUUGAAGUGGUCACUAUUCUCUCCUUUGCAGAAAAUAGAAACACUUGAUAAUGGAAAUUAGUGUUGAAUUUAAUCCUCUUGAGAGAAUGCCUCUGAGGGAUUGGCCCACACCGUUGCUAGCCUGUUUCUCCAGCUUAUCCUGGGGAAAGCUUAGCACCACCAAGCCUUGCCCGAGCCUCAGAAUUUCUAAAAAUGCAGCCUGAAAUCAACCAGAAUGCAAGUACAAUUCUCGAUGCACUAAGGGUCCUACUCACUCCUCCGCCACAGCCUCUUUAUUUCAUUUGGGUCAUUUGGAGAUAAAGAAGGGCUAUGUUUUAAUUUGGAGUAGGGGGAAAAUAAAGUUAGAAGUGUUAGAGCAGACUAACCACUAAUCCCACUAGCACUAAUUACAGGUAGCCUCUGAGACAAGGCCUCUGAAUUUGAGCUUCACUCUGAAGAAUUUGCUCAAAGUGCCACAGUGUCUUAGGUGAUUGGGGUGCAGGAGGAAUUGUUUAUUCUUCCACAGGCAGACCCAGCAGGGAUUCUGGGAGUGGGAGCAACUGUGUUGUCCUCAUCCAUUCACCCCCUUUCCACCCCUGGAUCCUUGGCCUGCUGUGGUUCUCUGGACCCAGAGUUUUCCUGUUCUGUGACCUGCUGAGCACUUAAGACCAAACUGCCUCUUAACCUGGGAAAAAGUGCUUUGUUGAGCUUCCAGAUAUACUGUUUUCUUGCAGUUCAAAAAAAACCAGUGUACAUUAAGCUGGGCAAACGAGUCCUAAGCUGCUGAGGGAUGACUCAUUUCCUGUGUGCAGAUGCCCACAGGUUCUGUCAGGGACAUGGUCCUGCAACCCAGUUUGCCUCCCCUUCCGGCCUUUAUGUGGACCCUGAGCCCCAUUCCACUUUACCGAUGCCACAAGGAGCAAAGGGUGACUCGGUGACCAAAUGAAACCCUCUUUGUUAACAACUGGAGCGCGCUGAUGGCGGUAUUUUGUGCACUGUCUGUGUGGUAUUGCUUGCUGUGCGCAGAGCUAAGACAACACUUCCGAUUCCUGACCAGUUGUCUCGGACACUGCUGAUGCCAGUGUUCUUUUCUCCCAGGGUCCUUUUUAGAGUCAUUAUGUCCUCACACUGUGAUUUUACACCGUACAGAGCAUUUCCACACGGCCUCAUUUGAGCCGAACAGCAAAGCUGUGAAGUAAGCUGGGUGGUUAUUGUCACCGUUUUUCAGCUCAGGAAGCAGGUGCAGAGGCAGCAUUACAGUGUAAUCCUGAGGUUGCUGUUUACUUCCCUCCCCUGAGCCUCAGUUUCCUCAUCUUUAAAAUAAGAUUGGAAGACUAGAUGGUCUCAAAGUGUCUUUUCAGCUGAGUGUAUGACUUUAUCCAUGACCCUGGCACAGGACGUGAGGGCCAGUGGUGGAUACCCAAGACCGUAAUGGAUGGGAAGGUGGGAAACUCUGCUAGUGUGAGGAAUGCCUCUCCUUCAGGACAGGUUUCCUCCAGGAGGCGCACGGGUGGUGGUAGCAAGUGGGAGCCACGGACGCACUGUCUAGAUGCGGCCGGAGAUUCCGUGGCUUGGUUAUGGGGAGUGGCCCCACCGUACCCAACAUGGCAGCUCCUAUCUGAAGAAACCCCGACGCCCACUUCCGGGUUCCGUACCGCUGGCCAGGCUACUUCCGGCAGCGCGAUGGCUGGGUUCCCGGGACUCGAACGGAAGUUCCGGCGGGGGCGGUAGAGGGGGAAGAGUGAGUGUCUGUGCGGGAGAGAGAGGAGAAUCGCCCGAGAGGUCUCGAAACCCCGAGGAGUGGAGGAUUCUCUCCCCUUCCUGGCCUUGCUCUUGACCGCUGCCCCGAAUGUGCACAGGCCCCAGCCGUGGAGCCCUGCAGUGUAUGUGUGGUAACACCAUGUCUGUGCCCCUGCUCACCGAUGCUGCCACUGUGUCUGGAGCUGAGCGGGAAACAGCUGCGGUUAUUUUUUUACAUGGCCUUGGAGACACAGGGCACAGCUGGGCUGACGCCCUCUCCACUAUCCGGCUCCCUCACGUCAAGUACAUCUGUCCCCAUGCGCCUCGGAUCCCUGUGACACUCAACAUGAAGAUGGUGAUGCCCUCCUGGUUUGACCUGAUGGGGCUGAGUCCAGAUGCCCCAGAGGACGAGGCUGGCAUUAAGAAGGCAGCAGAGAACAGGUGGAGCCCUGUCCCUCUACACAGCCCUCACCUGCCCCCACCCUCUGGCUGGCAUUGUGGCACUGAGCUGUUGGCUGCCUCUGCACCGGGCCUUCCCCCAGGCAGCCAACGGCAGUGCCAAGGACCUGACCAUCCUUCAGUGUCACGGGGAGCUGGACCCCAUGGUUCCCGUACGGUUUGGGGCCCUGACAGCCGAGAAGCUCCGGUCUGUUGUUACACCCGCCAGGGUCCAGUUCAAGACUUAUCCCGGUGUCAUGCACAGCUCCUGUCCUCAGGAGAUGGCAGCUGUGAAGGAGUUUCUUGAGAAGCUGCUGCCUCCUGUGUAACUACAGUUCCUGGCCCCCAGCGCGGUCCCCCAGCUCAUGGGGGACUUGGCACGCGCGGCACCAUCUUGGAUCUGAGCCGGUCGAGCCCCUUUCUCACCCUCCUGGACCCUUCCUCUUCCCACAGGCCUCUGGGGCAGGCAGGCCAAGGCCUGGCCGGGCCUCCCUUCCUGGCUUCAGCCACCUGGCUGUCUGCCGCACGGGGUGGGCUGCUUUCUUAUCCCAUUUCCCUGGAGGGGGGGCCCCCCUGGCAGCAGUAUUGGAGGGGCUGUAGGCAGCGGGAGAAAGGGGCCCAGCCGCUGACCCACUCACUCAGGACCUCACUCACUAGCCCCACUUUGGGCCCCUCCUGUGACCUCAGGGUUUGGCCCCUGGGGCCCUCCCAGGCCCCACCUCCCACCCUCUCCCGCCAGCUGAUUCUGCCCAGAUAAUCGUGUCUCUCCUGCCUCCACUCCAGCUGCUUCUCAAUCAUGAAUGUGUCCGUGGCCUGGGCCCCCUUGCUGCUGUGGGCUCCCUGCCCCUGCGCAGGAGUGUGGGUGACGGGGCGGAGUCCUUCGAGGGGGCCUCCCCUCAGCCAUUCUGACUUGGGGGCUGGGCCCUGCCUCCCCAUUACCCUCCGCCCCCGCGGGCCUGGAGCCUGCAGGGCUGGACUGAGGCUCAAGGUCUCCCCCAGCUGCCUCACCCCACGUUGUCCCCACUCUAGGGCCCGGGGGAGGUGGGGAGGAGUCAUGUCUCGUCUUCUGUCUCCAUGUAGUUUUGGGUGUUUUUCUUGUUGUGUCUGGAUUCCGAUAAAAUUAAAGAAAUUGCUUCAACUCUUA